GUCUCACACUCCCUGGGCGCGGUAAGACGCGGCUUUCUCCUCGCUGCAGGGGGCUACGCGGGGAGCCCGGUCACGGCCUGCUAGGGUCCUGCCGCAGCUUUCCUCAGGGCCUUCCUCCGCCCGCCGGCUGCUUCCCUCCUGAAAAGGCCCGUCGUUUCCUGAGGCGUGCGCUGGGGCGUCCUUGUUUCUGUACGGUUCGCUUCGGUGGUGUAUCCUGACGGGGCGGAGUCGUUUGUGUUUUCCUUCAGGUCUAACGCUGAGAAGCAAAGGCUGGAUCUCCUCGGAGCUUGGCUGACCAGAGCUGCUCUUGGCAGGAAACCAUGAGGAAAUACUUUCCAUAAAAGUGUCACACAACCAAAGCCAUGGCAUCAUCAGCUAACUUAGACACCGGGGCCCAGCUGAUUGUGGAAGAGUGUACCACUAGUUACAGCCUUCCACCCAUGCCAGACAUCAAGGUGGAGCACCAGCUUGACUCCAGCACAGAGGAGGGCCCAUCCCAGAGUGUGGCCAUGGGCAUGAAGUUCAUUUUACCCAAUAGAUUUGAUAUGAACGUCUGUUCACGAUUUGUGAAGUCUCUGAAUGAGGAGGACAGUAAAAAUAUUCAAGACCAAGUUAACUCUGACCUGGAAGUGGCAUCUGUCCUGUUUAAAGGCCCUGAAUGCUUUCUAGUGGAGCUGCAGACUUGUACGAGAAACUUAGACCCGUCAGCAAUAGCGUUGUUUUUCUUAGAUAACAAUUGUGAACCUUUUAGAAAUAGUCCUGCAGAUCCAGGGCCAAAAAUCCUUGCUGAAUGCAACAUCCAUACUUCUCCUUCACCUGGUAUCCAAGUAAGACAUGUUUAUACUCCAUCAACUACUAAGCAUUUCUCACCAAUAAAACAAUCAACUACCCUAACUAACAAACAUAGGGGAAAUGAAGUCUCUACAACACCUCUGCUUGUAAACUCUUUAUCAGUUCACCAGCUGGCUGCUCAGGGAGAAAUGUUGUAUCUGGCCACACGUAUUGAACAGGAAAAUGUAAUCAAUCAUAAGGAUGAAGAAGGAUUUACCCCUCUGAUGUGGGCUGCAGCUCAUGGGCAGAUAGCAGUAGUGGAAUUUCUCCUCCAGAAUGGUGCGGAUCCUCAGAUUUUGGGGAAAGGGCGAGAAAGUGCACUCUCACUGGCUUGCAGCAAAGGGUACACAGAUAUUGUGAAAAUGCUGCUUGACUGUGGAGUUGAUGUCAAUGAGUAUGACUGGAAUGGAGGUACGCCUCUACUGUAUGCAGUGCAUGGGAACCAUGUGAAAUGUGUAAAAAUUCUUCUUGAAAAUGGUGCUGAUCCAACUAUCGAAACAGAUGCUGGCUAUAAUUCCAUGGAUUUGGCUGUAGCCUUGGGCUAUCGGAGUGUUCAACAGGUUAUUGAGUCUCAUUUAUUAAAGCUACUUCAAAGUAUCAAGGAAUAACGGCUGGCUCUUUCAUGGCUGUCAGUUCUCAUCUUGGAGGUUUUGACUCCAUUUUAGCCCUGUAAUCACUGAAAAGAGGUGUUUGUUUUGUAAGUUUACCUCAGUUCAGUUAUUUGCUGGUUUUACUUAAGCCAGGCAUGUCCAACCUGUGGCCUGCCCCAUCAUGUCAGUAGCUCUGUCAAACAGUGUUACUGUGCUCUAUGUAUCAGUUGUAGUCUCCAUGGAAAUAAAUAGGAUACAUUACUUUUGAAACAGCCUACAUAUUUGCAUCCCAAGAUAAUUCCUAUUCACCCAGUUUGGCCCGGACAAGCUGACAGGUUGGACACCCAGACUUAAGCUUUUAAAUAUGCUUUCUGUUUCAUAGAAGUAUGUUAUGUCAUCCUUUUCUUAAAUGUAUUUUAUAUAACCUUGAAAGAAAAGGUCUGUUGUCAUGCAUGAAAAACUGAAUAAAACCUGUUUUCAUCCUGUAAGUGUUCACAUAGUACACUGGAUGGCACAGUGCCAUCCACAGGAUUCUCCUUGUUCUCCUUGUUCCUAUCAUUGAUUCAUAUUCACAGGAAGAUGAUUGUUUAGAUACUGAGUUGUGUCACCAUAGAAAAAAGAUGUUUUUACUGUUCGUAGUAUCCAAAUGUGUGUCAUGUGUGAUUGUUUUCAAGAUCUUCAGCUAACAUUAUUGUGUCAACUAUUGUCUUUGUAUGAUUUUUAAGAAGUUAAUAAAUUUAAUGACCUUGGUGGUAGUUUUGAUUCCUGGCUGAUUUAUUUUCAU